UUCAUUUGACAAGCGGUUCGGAGACUAAACACAACAAGAAAAUGUUUAAAAAUUUAAUUGCAUUGAGUUUUUUGCUGCUAUCGGCUCUGUAUGUGGUCAAUUGUGAAAGAUUGCCGAAAACCUAUCCCAGUCUGGAACGUCAAGUAGCCAGCUUGCAAUCCGAGCUGGAGAACAAAGAUGAGCUAAUAGCUAUGCUUAGAAUCAAAACGAUCAGCGAACAGGAGAGAAUUGAGGAACUAGAGAAGAAACUGAGUGAAUUGAGGCAAUCGAGCAAUAAGUGCCAAACCAGCAGCUGUCUAUGCAAAUCCACGGAGUUGCAUGAGCUCAAACUUCCUGGCGCGGCACCCUUUCAAGUGUCCUGCGACUCGAGCUUAGUUGAUCCUGGUUGGACCGUCAUUUUGCGUCGCAUUGAUGGCAAAGUUGACUUCAAUCGCAAUUGGAGGGAGUAUCAGCAGGGCUUUGGUGAUUUGCGUGGCGAAUUCUUCAUUGGACUCGAUAAACUGAAUCAAAUAACCAAUUCGCAACCCCACGAAUUAUAUAUAUAUUUGCGGAAUUCGAAUAACGAAACCCGAUUUGCACGCUACGAUCAUUUUCUGAUUGCCGAUGACAAUGAUUCGUUUAGAAUCAAGUCGUUGGGCACCUAUUCAGGAGAUGCCGGCGAUGCCAUGGCUGCUCAUCUGAACAUGCAGUUCUCCACGCAUGAUCUGGAUAAUGAUAAUAGCAAUAGAAAUUGCGCUGAUGAAAAUAGCUCCGGCUGGUGGUUCAACAAUUGUUAUCAGUGCAAUUUAAAUGGACCUUAUAACAGCGGCUUCUAUUGGUAUAAAUGGCAAAGGAAUUUGCUUAAAUUUGCUCAAGUGAUGAUUCGGCCAAAGGAUCAGUAGAAGAGAGACGCCGAAGGGUCUUGAUAGAUGGAAAAUAAACGUUACUUAAAUGAUAAAAUUGUUUAUAUAAUUUGUAUAUUUAAACAUGAAUCAAGACUUAUAAUUCUUUAACACGUCUCUAAAUUGUUGAGAGCUUGCAGCUUAAGAUUUGUAAGUGGAGCAAAGAAAUUCAAUUAAAACAACUUGAAGCUGAUU